AUGAAUUUAGAUACAAAAGUUCUUGCAAAGGCCGACUUGAGAAGGACCCUCCAAAAAUUCCCUUUUAAGAAGCUGACUGGCUUUAUAAAGGGGUGUCAGCUCUGUCAGAAUGAUUGUAAUUCAUUAAAUGUAAUAUUCACAAAAGAAACAGCAGUUAUGCCAGAAACAGUCAUUUCAAUUGAUGGCAAAAAGGCGGGGAAAAAAAGGCAAACGCAUCAGCGAGAGGGAGAGCUGGGUAGGGAGCGCCGGCCGGCACGUGCUGUUUGUUCUGAGGGAAACGGUGCUCAGGAGGUGGCUAACAGCAAGUCGCCAGCGGCUGGAGAGCAGAAGAGGAUCAGCGAGGUGGCAUGGGUGCGCAUCGCUCCCUUCUGUAUUGAGAGGGAUAAAAACAGCUUUGUGCUCGUCACUGUACACAGGGAUGAGAUGGAAAAUAAUGAUCCCUCUCCAAAAGGUCAGCUCUUCUGA